AAGGAAAACUGGUUUGAAAAUCUCAAACGGGUCCGAGAUCACAACAAGAAGGCAGACCAGGGAAUUAAGAGCUACAGACUUGACAUGAACUACUUUGCAGACAUGGGUGAGCAGGAGUCCGGAUAUGAAGGCUGCCUUAUCUUCAGCAGCACCAAGAAAUACAAAGGAGUAACAUUCUUUGGACAGAUAGGAGGAAGUGCUUUGCCAGAAACAGUGGACUGGAGGAAGAAGGGCUAUGUGACCCCUGUUGAGGACCAGAAGGAUUGCUCUGCUUGCUGGGCCUUUAGUCCGACUGGAGCACUGGAAGGUCAAACAUACAAGAAAACUGGGAAACUGGUGCCACUUAGCAAGCAGCAGCUGGUAGACUGCUCUACAAAAAACAGUGGCUGCAACGGUGGCUCGAGGAACUUGGCCUUUGAAUAUGUGAAAGAAAAUAAAGGAAUAAACACAGAGGAAUCCUACCCCUAUGAAGCCAAGAUAUAAUCCAGAUGGGUAUACUUUGAACGAAGCUGUGGCCACCAUCGGUGUCUCAUGAAAUUUCAUGUCCAUUUGUAA